AUGCAAUAAAUUGACUUAGACAAUCAUAAUUUAAACUUUGAAUUAGAACUACAAUAUGCUAGAGCAAGAUAACGUUAGAGAAGAAGAAGUGUAAUACUUAUUGUUUUUGCAAUCAUGUCCAUCUUUUAUGUUUUUCUUCAACCUAAUCAAUAUGCUGAUAAAUCAAAUCAAAUUCCAUAUUCUUAAAAUAAUGGUACUAACAAUAUUACAGAAACUAAUGCAACUGUUUUAUCAAUUUAACAGCAUUUUCAAACUUUAGAAAAAUUACUCCUUUAAUAAUUCCAAGGAUAAUGGACUAAUUCAUAAAAUAUUACCAAUAACUUAGCAGAAGCUAAUUUCUAAAAAACAUCAUAUUAAAAUAGAUCUCAAAUCGAACUAAAACUCAAACUCAUUGAAGGAUAAUUCUUAGAAGAUUACUCUAAUCAAUUCGCAUUUUAUUUAAACUCUUCCCAAUUAAUUUUACCUCUUGAAGAUAAUCAUUAUGUAUUUGAAAAUGUCAGAGGUGCUUAUAGAAAGUCUAGUGUUUUUGAAAAUGAUUAACCUAGUGUAGAAAUUUAAGCAAAUUUAACCUUGAUUUUCAAUAAUGUUAAUCUUGAUAGUGAUUUAUUAGAUGAUAUCACUUUAGAAUUAAAAGCUCAUUAUAUAUUAUAAUCAGAAACAUUUUAUUUCAAUUCUAAUCUUAAUAUCAUUAAUGUAAAAAUUAAUAUAAAAAUUAAGAUAGAUAAUAAAGCGAUCAUUUAUUCAACAAUAGUUUCAAUUCUAAGCGUAAUUCAAUUUAUCAGUUGUCUAAAAUUAAUGAAAGAUUUCAUAAAUGAAAAUAGAAUGGCUACCUAAUUCAGUCUAUUUAUAUUUGUUUUCCUUAUGAUAUUUGAUGGUUACUUAGGAAUUGUACAUUUCUUCCUUGCUUAAAAAAGUGAAGUAUCAUUUAUUAUAUUUAUUUAAGUAUUUUCUUACACCUGCCUUCCUAGAAUUAGUAUUGUUUUUCUUUUUAGAAUUGAAACUUGCUAAACACAUUUGGUAAGAAAGAUUUAUCAAUCUACAAGACAACUUAAAUUUAAGAAGCGAACUUUAUCUUUUUCAUCUUAAAUUCUACUUGCUCUCUAUUAUUGUAGUACUCCUACUCUAUUUUCUAAUUUACUAUAAUAUCUUCUUGAUUGUCAUAAACCUAUAUUUACUACCUUAAAUAAUUCAUGUAGCAUAUAAAGGACAAUAUGUAGAAUUUGAUAAAAUCUUUGUUUUUGGAUUAUUAUCAACCAGAUUAUUCAUACCUGUAUAAUAUAUAUAAUGACAUUUUAGAUUUAUUAUAGAGGUUGUCCUUACAAUAUUCUACAUGCAGAAGUAUCUUAUUUAACAGUAAUUUCUAUUAUUCUAUUAUUUGCUGCUUAAGUUGUUUUAUAUUAUUAUCAAUGCUAAAUUGGACCCAGAUUCUUCUUACCAAAAUGGUUAAGACCAAAAACUCAUGAAUAUUUUGUAGAAUAACCAUUAGAAGGAGAAUGUGCUAUCUGUAUUACUUCAUUAAAUGAAUUACCAACUGAAUCACAAUUAGAAAAUAAAUUUAUUGCUAAAAUUAUUAGUUAGAAUUAAAAUAAAUUAAUGGAAACACCAUGUGUAAUAAAUAUUCUCAAUAUUUUUUAAGGGACAUCAUUUUCAUUCUAUUUGCUUAACUAAAUGGAUGAAUGUCAAAUUAAAUUGUCCGACUUGUCGUUCCAUACUUCCACCAUUAAUUUGAUUUUAACA